AUGCAUCCUAUCGAAUCAUUAAUUUCUGUUACUCACCCGGAUUUGACUACUCAAUCUUUUUGGGAACUAAAGCUAAAGAUGGAUGAAGUUAAAUCUAAGAAGCUUAUUGCGUCGUCAUAUUCUACUAAUGAUGACGGUUCUUCUGAUUAUUUUGAUUUGCCGGAAGCACCGGGUCCAUACUGGAAUGUAUUAGGAGCAUCAUCACAAUUUCUGUACUUCACUAUGCUGACAAUCGGUUCUCAAGGUACAUCACCACCAAUUAAUUAUAUACUUCUAAUUGAUACAUCAAGUGAUCUCACUUGGAUCCAGUGUUUACCAUGCGAGGAAUGCUUUAGUCAGUUAGCUCCGAUCUUCGAUCCGUUACAAUCUCCAAAAUUUUCGGUGAAAUCUUGUAAGCAUUACAAAUUUUGUAAUGGACAUGAUGGAGGAUGCAACGAAAGAGGCGAAUGCACCUAUAUUGCACAAUAUUAUGACGGAUCAUACUCGCUGGGUAUUAUUGCUGAAGAUACUUGCAGAUUCGAUGAAAGAGAGAUGAGUUUCAACAUUGGGUGCGGAUCUAAAAACAGGGGAAAUUUAUUUAAUGGCUCCGAUGGGGUGUUAGGCCUUGGCCGAGGUAGGUUAUCUUUUCCGUCUCACCUUGCCUUUGAAUUUGGGUUCAAGAAAUUCUCCUACUGCCUGAUCGCUGAUAAAUCUGGUCCUACUAGAAGCGCAUCAGCUUUAAGAUUCGGAAAUUAUGUAUUUGAUGAACCAAAUGAUGCAGUAUUCACACCAUUGAUUUACAAACCAGAGUCACCCUCGAUAUACUACAUCAACAUUACUGCUAUCUAUGUAGGGGGAGAUUCUAUGUCCGAGGUUUAUAAGUCAGUCUCCUAUGGAAUGAGAGUUGAUUCGGGAACUAUGCUCACUUAUUUGCCUACACAUAUUUACGAAUUUUUACGUGAUUCAUUCCGGGAUGCCGCUCUUAGUCUUGGUUAUAAAUCCGUGGAGGCCAUAUAUUCUGACACAUGCUAUGAUAUGGGUGGAUAUCCUGGAGGGAUAGCCAACGCACCGCAAGUGACAUUGUAUUUCGAUGGUGAUGAUGAAGGAAAACUCGAAUUGAAUCCUCAUAAUGUUUUAUACAAUUAUCCUUGGGUCAACGAGAAUCUUUAUUGUCUCGCAUUUAACAUAUCUGCAGAUGGGCAUGCAGUUCUUGGUAAUGUACAACAGCAAGGAGUCCGUGUCAUGUACGAUCCAGAAGGCUUGGUUAUUGGGUUUGACCCAAAUAGCUGCUGA